GAGAGAGAGAGGAGGUUCAUAAUGUCAUCAGCAUUGCUGAAAAUUAAGAUGGCGCCAUAAUCACAAAUUUUUAUCGUGAGCAGAAUUUGUAUGACUGCGAAGAGCUGGUGAAAGACUGUGCAUCAUCUCCGCGUUCUCUCAUAUUUUACGCCAAAAAAGACGACGUAGAAGCGAAGCAUCCCCAUUCUGGAUCGCCGUUAUUAUGGUCGUUAAUGGCGGGCGCCUGGGACUCCCUUCUCAGAUCGCUGCAGUGCAAGUCCCAAGCCGUCUCAGACGUCUGCCAUCCUCCUCCUCUGAAGCCCCUGAAGCCCUCGAACUUGCCGAACUCCGGGUGCUCCAAGAGCGUGCGAAAUCUCAAGGACGUCGUCCUCGUUAACCCCUCGGCCAUCCCCCAUCACCACCUCCACCACCCUCACCAUCGCCAUGAUGACCAGCACCAUCAUUAUCACGAAGAUGGCAGCAGCGAUACCAGCUUCGGUAGUAACAAGAAGAAGAAAAAGAAGGCAAAGAAGAACAGAGGAGGGGAAGGGGAGGAAGAUGGGGAUGAUGGAGACUUGUCAACGAAUGGCGGGUACCAAAAGCUCGCUCGAAUCAGGGCGCUGCCGGGCGGGCGGGGUCCAGUGCUAACCGAGCUGCCGGAGGGGCAUUCCUCGAGAAACAUUGUGGAGAUCAUAUUCAAGACGGGGUGGCCGGCGGCCGGGGGCGGGGCCGGCGGAGGGUGCGCCAUCGAGCGGGCGUUCAAGGUGACGAACCCGCCUGAGAGGGUGGCUAGGUUCGAGGAGUACAGGGAGUGGGUUCGGUCACGGGCUGGCGGGAGCGCUCGGUGCGUGGCGGACGGCAACGAGGUGCUGCGGUUCUACUCGGCGAGGCUGGCGUGCGGGCUCGCGCGCGGGCGGACUUGCGGAGGAGGGUGCGCGGCGUGCGGACUGCUGGACCGGGGUUUCAGGGGAACGGCCAUCAGGAUGGCGCCAAGCAGCGGGAGGGCGCACCAGAUGAGGGCGAGGUGGGCGGCGGGGAGGAGGGCGAUGCUGGUGUGCAGGGUCAUCGCCGGGCGGUCCAUGGAGGAGGAGCGGCCCAAGAUGGCGGUGGUGGGGAAGAAGGGAAAGCCAACGUCGCCGUCACUUCCCGUGCCGAGGGAGGAGGGAGCAGUGUUCGGCAUCCCAGUCGGAUACGACUCCGUCGCCGGCGUAUCCGGCGAGCUCGUCGUCUUCGACCCCCGCGCCCUCCUCCCGUGCUUCCUCAUCGUCUACCGGGUGACGAUGUCUCGGGAGUGAAUGGGAUCGAGCUCGAACCUCACUGGUGGGUUCUCACAGGAGUCGAGCAGUGGGCUCGAGCUUCCAGUUGGGUCCGACUACAACUGCCAUGUUCUGUCUCUGUCUGACCUACAUAACAAGGAGCCUGAGGUGGGUCGGAAGUUACUAGCUGAAGGUUCUAGUUCAGUGCCAACCCGGACCGGCUGUGUUCUAUGAGUCCGUGUUUUAUGAAACGGAGGCGAACUUACCAGAGCAUUUUUUGGUCGUCUCUCUUACUUUCUAGUUCUGUAAGAUUUUACCCUGUUUUCACAUGGCAGAUGUAAAUGCUAAUGGCAACACUCUUUCUCUUUCUCUGUCUCUCUCUAGAUUCCUUCUGAAACGAAGCAAGAUUAAUUUAUGAUAUUGGUUAUCGUGAAUCUAUGAUGGCAAC